UGCCUGGGCCCGGGCCCUCGGUAGCAGCGUCGGUCCCGGGACUUCGGGCGCCUCUUGCCAGCUCCCCUCCCCUUCCCGCGGUCCGCGAUGGGGCGCACGUCCAAGGACAAGCGCGAUGUCUAUUAUCGGCUGGCCAAGGAGGAGGGCUGGCGGGCCCGCAGCGCCUUCAAGCUGCUCCAGCUGGACGAAGAAUUCCAGCUGUUCAGCGGUGUCAGGCGGGCGGUGGAUCUCUGCGCCGCCCCCGGCAGCUGGAGCCAGGUGCUGAGCCGCAAGCUCGGGGGGUCCGGGCCGCCGGCCUGCAUCGUGGCCGUGGACCUGCAGGCCAUGGCGCCCUUGCCUGGGGUGGUGCAGAUCCAGGGGGACAUCACCAAGGCGUCCACGGCGCAGGAGAUCAUCGGGCACUUCGAGGGGCAGCCGGCGGACCUAGUGGUGUGUGACGGUGCCCCGGACGUCACCGGGCUGCACGACAUCGACGAGUACAUCCAGGCGCAGCUGCUGCUGGCCGCCCUCAACAUCGCUAUCCAUGUCCUGAAGCCCGGCGGCAACUUCGUGGCCAAGAUCUUCCGCGGCCGGGACGUCACCCUGCUCUACUCGCAGCUGCGCCUCUUCUUCCCCGACGUGGUGUGCGCCAAGCCCCGGAGCAGCCGCAACUCGAGCAUCGAGGCCUUCGCCGUGUGCCGGGGCUUCGCGCUCCCGGCGGGCUACGUGCCCAGCAUGCUGAACCCCCUGCUGGACCACAGCUACCACGGGGACUUCAACCAGCUCGAGGGCCCCACGCGGCUCAUCGUGCCCUUCCUGGCCUGCGGGGACCUCAGUGCCUAUGACGCCGACCGCACCUACCCCCUGCAGCUGGAGGGGAGCCCCGAGUACCGCUACACGCCGCCGGCCCAACCACCCAUCCAGCCGCCCUACCAAGAGGCCUGCAAACUCAAGAAGUCGGGGGGUCUGGGCAGGGCCACGCUGCUGCUCGGGGCUCUGCCCGAUGCCCAGGAGCAAGCUGCUGCCCAGCCGGAGAACGAGGGCGAGCAGGCCGCGACCCAAGCCCUGGGCUCCCUCUCCCUAGACCCGUAGGGAGGAGUCCUCCCCAAGGGGCCUCUGGAAACUUAUCCCUACAGACUUGGGGGGAGGGGGUGGUAAUCCUCAAGGUGCAAGCUCUUCCUUUGGUUAUUCCUCCUAAACAUAACGGAGUUUUAGUUGGGAUUAGUAGAGAUGGAAUAUUUAUACAUAUCUACAUAUCUGUGUGUGUGUGUGUGUGUGUGUAUAAAUAUAUAUAUAUAUACAUACAUAUUUGA